AGAUAGAUAGAUAGAUAGAUAGAUAGAUAUCCACAUGCCGCUCCUUAAAUUUUACUCCAGAAUCUGCAGGAAUUUCCCAACCUGCAGUUGGCAACCCAAAGGUGUCACUUUGCUUAGAGUAGCAGAAUACCCUCCCACGGAGGCAGACUUUGCAAAACGGCAAGCAAAACCCUUCCUUGGAUCCCGGAUCCCCAACCCCUCCCCAAUGCCAACUGCCAAUCAAGGCCAGCACAAUCCCGACUCUCAGCCUCCCCACCCCCCACCCCUUGCAGAUGGACAGGCGCAAUUUGACAGGUGGGUGGGAAAUGUCCAUUUGGCUUGCCCCAUUGGGCCAGAUUCAGCCGGACGCUGGAAACAACCAGGCGGAUCGGGGCGGCCAGAGGAGGCUGUGCCGGCUCGGGAGAAAGAGGAGGAGCCGCGUCCUUCUGCUUUCGGUCAACGCCGCUCUCCGGAGCCGCCGCCUCUUGCGCGCUCCCACCGGCCAGGCAGGCGCGCAACGGCAAAAAGUUUCUAUCAUGGCCAGUUCUUCCUGUUUGGAUGAAGCGCAGCUGAGAAACCUGAAGACCCAGUAUGAGGCCCAGAACGCCAGCAACGCUGCCUCCCAAAUCCAGGCGCUGGUGGAUUGCAUUAACGCCCUCAAGAUUAAGGUUGGCAUCCUGGGGGCACGCGGAGGAGGGGUGAGCACGCUGGUUCAGGCUCUGCUGGACAAACCUCAUCAAGUGACUGACCCAUGGGCGUACCUCCGGGAGGCUCCAGAGCCAACCAAACAGCUGAUAGGCCACGUUCACCCCACCUACCCCAACCUCACCCUGUGUGACCUCCCUGGCUUUGAGCUAUCCGAGAAACUGGCUGCCUAUCUGAAACGCUUGGGCGACCUCAGCAAGUACCAUUGCUUCGUGGUGGUGGUGACCGGAAGCUUGGCAGAUACCCACCUGGAAGUCCUCAAGACGCUCAAGCAGAAAGGGAAGACGUUCCUCCUGGUGCGCACCAAAGUGGACUUGGACGUGCACACGGCCGAGAGGCGGCUCCGCUUCAAAUUCAACCUCGCCGAGCAGCUGAGGGUGAUCCGGAAAGAGCUGACGGAGACAUUGGCCAAGAACGGGAUGGACACCACGAGGGUGUUCCUGGUGUCAGGGCUGGAGACGGAGAAAUACGAGUUCACCCGCUUUGAGGAUAGCUUGGAAGGGGAGGUGCUCAGCUUGAAGAGAAGCCAUGAUGGGGACCUGGAAGAUUUGAAAGCAGUGAGCCAGAAGAAGACAGAGCAGCUGUAUAACAUCUGCCAGGGUGGCAGCUUGGCCGAAGUCCCGGGCGUGAUCUACUCCACCUUGAGAGAGUCCUCGCAGGUUCGUCUAGACGUGGCUGUGAUAGGAGAAGUCGGCUGUGGGAAGUCCUCGUUGGUCAAUGCCCUGAGAGGGGUGGGUGCUAGAGAGCCAGAUGCUGCCCCCACCGGGGUGACCGGGACAACAGACAAAGCCAAAGCUUAUCCGCUUCCGUUGGUCCCCCUCCUGUACCUCUGGGAUCUGCCAGGGGUUGGAGUGACAGAGGAGGAUGUGAGUCACCUGGACCUCAGUCGCUACGACUUCUUUCUCCUGGUGGCCUCUGAGCGCUAUAAGCAUGCCCACAGUUGCUUGGCCAGGGCUAUCACCGCAGCUGGAAAGAAAGCUUUCUUCGUCAGAAGCAAGAUAGAUGUCGACAUGGGGACCCAACCUGAGAGCCAGUUGAUCUCUAAAGAAGAGCUGCAAGAAAAGAUUCGGAAGAAGUGCUUGGAGGACUUGAAGAAGGAUGGUGUCCUCUCCCCACAGGUCUUCCUGGUCUCCAGUGUCAUGCAUGGAGCCUACGAUCUCCCCCGCCUCCAGGAAGUCCUUGUAGGUAUUGCUCCUUACCUGAAGAAGAAAGCUCUGAGGAGAGCCAUCCCAACAGUCCUGUCCCGACUGGUAAGACGCAAGUCCAAAGUACUGAUGAAGGACGUGUGGAUCAAAGCCCUGCAGAUGUGUCUCUACUGCGUGGAGAAGCCAAACGGGGACAUGGUCGAGAACCUGAAGGCCACCAUUGCCAGCUUCUGCAUAGUCCUUGGCCUUGACAAAAAGUCCUUAAAGCACACUGCGCAGAUCACCGGCAAAGCGCACACAUUGCUUCAGGAACAGAUCCGAAGCCGUUUUGCUAAGCCGCUGAACUCCAAAGACAUGCUAAUCCUUAUCACCAAGCCGGUCUCGCUGACCAGGUGGGCAUGGAGCUACGUGCCAUACUUGGGCCGGGGGACCAAUCUCGAAGCGGAGAUCUCCUUCGAGUCCACUUACCAAAUGCUGAAGCAAGUUGUGGUGGAAUUAUCGGAGGAUGCCGAGCGAGUGCUUUGGGUAGCACUUGUAGAAGAAUAGAACUGGGCAAGAACUUUUUUGGGGGUGGGGAGUAACAGCAAAACAUCCCCUUCCCCUCUGCCUGAAUGAUAGCUGUUAUUUGGAAACUAGAGUGGAACCGUUCCACCAUGCCUGGACAAAAUUAGGUGGGACAAGAUCAGUGGUUCUGCAAACAUUGCUGUACAAUGGAUUGGGUCACAGAGAUACCAUCCACUUGUUUUCCUCUGGCAAAAGGAGUCAUCCCAAAGCAAGAGGCUUGGGAAGGGUGUCUUCCAUCAGGGGAAAUUUAGUUCUGCCAGAGGAAAGCACCUCAACUCAUGAAAUAGAUCCAGGAGAUCCAACACAUUAAUACAUUGGU